CAGCAGAGCGCCGGUCUGCAGGGGCGACAAUGGCGGGGCUCUGGGUUGGGGCGGCGGCGCUGGUCGGGGCCGGACGGCGUGGGCGGCGGUUGCCGCAGCCGCUGAUGCGGAGCUCAGCGCUGUGGACCCUGAAGCAUGUCCCACACUACUCAAGACAGCACUUAAUGGUGUCCCGUAGUCUCUGUUCAGCAGGAUAUGAUUCUAAUGAAAAAACUUUUGAUAAAAUUCUUAUUGCUAAUAGAGGAGAAAUUGCAUGUAGGGUUAUUAAAACUUGCAAGAAGAUGGGCAUUAAGACAGUUGCCAUCCACAGUGAUGUUGAUGCUAGUUCUGUUCAUGUGAAAAUGGCAGACGAGGCUGUCUGUGUUGGCCCAGCUCCCACCAGUAAAAGCUACCUCAACAUGGAUGCCAUCAUGGAAGCCAUUAAGAAAACCAGGGCCCAAGCUGUACAUCCAGGUUAUGGAUUCCUUUCAGAAAACAAAGAAUUUGCCAAAUGUCUGGCAGCAGAAGAUGUCAUUUUCAUUGGACCUGACACACACGCCAUUCAAGCCAUGGGUGACAAGAUUGAAAGCAAAUUAUUAGCUAAGAAAGCAAAGGUUAACACAAUCCCUGGCUUUGAUGGAGUAGUCAAGGAUGCAGAUGAAGCUGUCAGAAUUGCAAGGGAAAUUGGCUACCCUGUCAUGAUCAAGGCCUCAGCAGGUGGUGGUGGGAAAGGCAUGCGAAUCGCCUGGGAUGAUGAAGAGACCAGGGAUGGUUUUCGAUUUUCAUCUCAAGAAGCUGCUUCUAGUUUUGGUGAUGAUAGACUACUAAUAGAAAAAUUUAUUGAUAACCCUCGUCAUAUAGAAAUCCAGGUUUUAGGUGAUAAACAUGGGAAUGCUUUGUGGCUCAAUGAAAGAGAAUGCUCAAUUCAGCGAAGAAAUCAGAAAGUGGUGGAGGAAGCACCCAGCAUUUUUCUGGAUUCUGAGACUCGAAGAGCGAUGGGAGAACAAGCCGUAGCUCUCGCCAAAGCAGUAAAAUAUUCCUCUGCUGGAACCGUAGAAUUCCUUGUGGACUCAAAGAAGAAUUUUUAUUUUUUGGAAAUGAAUACGAGACUCCAGGUGGAGCAUCCUGUCACAGAAUGCAUUACUGGCCUGGACCUAGUCCAAGAAAUGAUCCGUGUUGCCAAGGGUUACCCUCUCAGGCACAAACAAGCUGAUAUUCCCAUCAACGGCUGGGCAGUUGAAUGUCGGGUGUAUGCUGAGGACCCCUACAAGUCUUUUGGUUUACCGUCCGUUGGGAGAUUGUCUCAGUACCAAGAACCAAUACAUCUACCUGGUGUCCGGGUUGACAGCGGCAUCCAACCAGGAAGUGACAUUAGCAUUUAUUAUGAUCCAAUGAUUUCAAAACUGAUCACAUAUGGUUCUGAUAGAACUGAAGCACUGAAGAGAAUGGAAGAUGCACUGGAUAAUUAUGUUAUUCGAGGUGUUACACAUAAUAUUGCAUUGCUCCGAGAGGUGAUAAUCAACUCACGUUUUAUAGAAGGAGACAUCAACACUAAAUUUCUUUCUGAUGUGUAUCCUGAUGGCUUUAAAGGACACAAGUUAACAGAGAAUGAGAGAAACCAAUUAUUGGCAAUAGCAUCAUCAUUGUUCGUGGCAUCCCAAUUAAGAGCACAACAUUUUCAAGAACAUGAAAAUUCAAGAGUGCCUAUUAUUCAACCACAAGUGGCUAACUGGCAGCUCUCAGUAAAAUUGCAUGAUGAAGUUCAUACUGUCGUAGCAUCAAACAGUGGGCCAACAUUCUCUAAGUGUCUUCAACCACUUAAAUCCUGAGAAAGAUAGAAGAAAGAGCACUCAACUGGCUGGGGGAAAGGAAGUAUCUAGGUGGAAGUGAAGUCAUCUUGGCCAAGAUGACUAAUGAGUAACAGAUUAGAAUGUGAUGACAUAUGUCAUGACUUACCUCCAAAUCUGGUAAAAUAGGUAAGGAAAAGCACUGGCACGUGGUAGCAAGGUAAGUUUUUUGAAACAUCAGAGACAUUUUCUAUAGAUAACCUUGAUUUCUUAUUAUGGAAGUGUAUGCUUCCUUAAUUUUUCUAUUAUUUGUUUUCCACAAACAGUAGAGUGAGGAAGGGGUGUCCCUGUCUUGUUCUAGUUGCACUGUUGUUUUCUGGUACCUAUUUUAGCCUAUUUAAAGGUAUUUCCAUGAAGCAGUUGAUUACUUUGAUCUACGAUUAUCGAAGAUGUACCCUGUCCCAGGCACUGUGGUAGGCACUACAUAUAAUUUAUCUCUAAAUGAGAUAGUAGGAAACCGGAACGCAGUUGUUACUAGCCCAUGCACUAGUACCUCUCUCUAUCUCUUUUUAUAGAGUAGUUUGGCUAGACAAAAUUCUGAGAUAUAGUAGCACAGUCAAGGAAAAUUACAAAGAAUAAUGCACUUAUUUCUAAACAGAAUACUUUUGUCACAUGAUAAAGGGAUUUUUUUUUGUGAUAGGCAGAAAGUUAUGGCUGCAGUCAUACUAUUUAAAGGAUCAUGUAAGGUAUCCCAAAGUGUACACAAUAUUAUAUACACAAUGUACCCAGUGUUGAAAAAUACACAAUCAGGAAUACUGGUUAAGAGUAGCUGUUAG